AACGUGUUCGCUCAGCACGUCUAGAAGAAACAUCUCAAAUGAGCCAAGCUAUGUCUACCUCAACGAUGGUGGAGACACUCGACAUGCCUAUGAUUGAUUAUAACGAGGACGGCGAUAUUCCUAUGGUGGCUUCCUCUUCCGAAAACUGGUUACAACCCUUGUCCCACAUGGACGAGGAUGUCCACCAUUUCGACCCCUCUCCUCAGGAGGUUGAUAUGAUGAUGGCAUAUGAGGAGGCAACGACGGAGUAUGACAUGGAGGACGACGCUGCUCAACCAUCGGAAGCGGCUUUCGAUACGAAUUUAGUCGAUGCAGAGUUGUACGAUGCCACAAUCCACUCAUCACCCCUACCUCCUGCCACCGCAGAGAUAGCUGAGACCCAUAGCGCACAAUCGGGUGCUCCAGUAGUGCCUGAUGCAUCCGUUGAACAGAGACAUGUAGACGAGCAACGGCAAUUUAACGUGACUCUGGAGAGCGAGUCCUCCUUGAUACAAAGAUUUACGACGUCAGAUGCGACGCGGACUCUCGAUAAUUCAUCUGCCGGCAGCGAAACUCAGCAUCCCGACUACACGUCAACUUCGGGCGUUGUCGAACCUGUUGACGAACAUCAGUCGGCCGUGCCUGAACAAUCUGAAGGAUAUUCUCUCGCGCCCCCUCAACCUUUCGAGGACAUGAGCAACGAUGCGGGUGGUACCGUUAAUGAAACACCGUCUGAACAUCUUUCUACCCAUCCACAAGUGGAAGGCUCCGAAGAGCAUUCUAGCGUUGGACACACUGAGAAGUAACUGAGAAUGAGCAUUUUGAUGACGAGGCUAAUGAUCAAGAACCUCAUGCCGAGGACGGUGAGGAGAAUGACGAUGCUGCCGCCCUCGCUAGCGAGGAGCAGCCCGAACUCCAUACAACUCAACUUGUUCACGCUCAGCCUCCGCCGCCCCCGAUAUUGCUUUCCCUACAAGUUACGUCGACUGAAGGCGAUCAACCCGAUUUUGUGCUUUUUAACUUGCCAGAAGUAAGCUCUCAUACGACUGAAGAACCUUUGGUACUAUUGCAACAUCACCCAUCCCUGUUUUAUGAGCCUAUAUCCGCUGUCUUCGAUGCAUUCCGGCAGGAGGAAUAUUUUUCUCAUUUGGAAGAAAUUUCUGAAGCUGAGAUGGCGAUCAAUGCCCAUGAACUUCAGUUAGUAAUAUCCGAGGACAAUGUCUAUUCUCGUGAAGUAUCGCUUCAGGACCUUUAUGCGAUGCACCAAGGAGUUGGACUGCCUGGUCACCUACGAUUGACAUUGCAAUCCAUAGUUCCCAGGUUCAUCGUCCGGUACAACGUUCUGCGGGAUCAGAUCACUCGACUAGUACUCGGCGAAGAACCGGAAGAGGUACAGCAAGGUAUAGAAGACAGUAUCGGAGACAACGAAGAACACGAGUUGCAAGCUCAAUUGGAGGGUGCCCCACAAGAAGGCCCUGAGCAUGAAGAACAGGAUUUGGACUCCACGAAACAAGCAGAAAUUGAAGAGCAUGAUAGAGAAGGACAAGAUCUGGACAAGAACGACGAAUUGCAAAACGCCGAUGAUGCUCUCGCCGAGACCGGAGUCGAGGAGAGCACUGAAAGGCACACUGAGGAAGCAGAACCUGGUGUGAUUACUAAUGUAGAGCAGAGUGAGCUUGAGCACGAGGCACAGAGACCACUGGAGGCGGUUGAUGACGAGCCCGAAGAGAACGAUGGCGCGGCUGACGUUCUCGACGCAGAUGCUGUACAUCCCUUCCCUCCGGAUGAUGCUGAGCCAGCACUUGAUGAACAUGAAACAGAGUACGCUGAUGUAACUGAACCACGCGAAGAAGACGAGGAGAGUUAUGAAGAUGAGCUUAAACAAGAUGAGGAAGACAAUAUAGCCCCUGCUGUAGAAGAGGACCCGUCUGCCAUUUCAUCAGCAGGUGCUGAGUUAAAUACAGAUAGCCCUGCUGAACAAAAGCCUACCUCAGAAGCGGACGAUGCACGGCACGGAGUAAUCUCACAAUCGGUUUCUACAUCAUCCUUUGGUACGGAUGACACGUCGUGGGAAGUAGGGCUUGACGAAGGCGAAGAAUUAGGUAAUACAAAACAAGAGACUGACCAUUCUGAACAACAGACAGCGGCAAAUGUAUUUGAUGAAGAAGGUAAUCUAGCUGGCGCUGAAGAUGAACUCGAUGGAUUUGGAGACGAUGACUUUGGCGAUGACGAAUUUGAUGAAUCGGCGGAAGGCACACUAGACGAUGUACCAGAAGAAACUCAAGAGUUGACACACGAUACGAUUUCCUUGCACGAGCAGGAAGAUGCUGAUGCAGAUUCACGAGCUGUUCUGGCGGAAUCCGAGAAAUUCGUGUCGGAACUGGCGACAGAUGGAGACAACUUCGGAAACACUAACGAAGAGUUAGCUGAGGAUGAGCAACAAGCGAACGAGGUUUUUGAAGCCGCGACGUCCAAGCAUUCAACUGUCGCGGAAGCUGCUUCCAACGAACCCAUGACCGUGCACAAAAAUCGAUCUAAGCGAAGCCUAGAUGAUGCCGAGUUUGACGACGAGGAUUUCGUCUCUCCACCUAGUUCCCCAAAUUCAAAACGCACAAGGACGCUUUGAGGUCCAGACCUAUGGACCCCCCGUCAUUCGGCAUUUCAUGAAACGUCCUCUAUCAUGUUGCUCGUACGAUGCACACGAUGAAGGCAGAACGACACAUUGCAUUCAACACUUAAUUUAUAUCCGUUUAUAUCCGUUUAACUGGUAUCGACACGCUUCGGCACGAAUUAAAACAGGUCUAAGUACUUUCCUUCGUAUUUUAAUUCUCAGCACUUUACAUUUCGCUCUUACGACAUGCUGCAUUGAGUUAUUGACCUCAUUUUGGUGUUCCUCAUGUCAUCUGCUAAUCUUUUUAGUUUCGAGGCUCUCUCCAUCAGUUGGGACGGGAUAGAUAUAUGAAAGCCAUUAGUCAAAUGAUAGGUGGUUGGUUGACUGGCUGGUGGGCUGGUUGGUCGGUAGAAGAAAAGGCAUUCUUGUGGCAGCCACAACUAAUUUUCCGUGACUUCCAUUGUACUUCUUAUAGCAAUCUUUCUCCUUCAGUUUCGUGUAUUCUAUACAGUUGCGACGAAAUGUGAGAUUCUG